AUGUCGUCGAAGGACCCGCGAUCCGUCAUCGACCCCGCGAAGUUUCUUAACAAGAAGGUCCGAGUCAAGUUCUCUGGAGGCCGUGAAGUCGAGGGGACCCUCAAGGGCCACGACGCCGUGUGCAACCUGGUGCUGGAUGACACCGAGGAGUUCUUGCGAGACCCGGAGGACUCAAGCAGACUGCUGGAGACCACGCGACCUCUGGGGCUUAUUGUGGCGAGGGGAAGCGCCAUUGUGCUGAUUUCGCCGGUGGACGGCGUACAGCGCAUCGAGAACCCUUUUAUUGGGGCUGAGGCCUGA